AUGGCAACUCACGCGCAUCAUCAAGAUCAUCGUUCGAUUAGUCAUGUUGAGUGUCCUUCAAGUUUUCUUGACCUGCCUGUUUGGAACCUUUGUUUCCUCGACUAUGAAUUCGGAUGCUCGCGCACACACACACACACACACACACACACACACACACACACACACACACACACACACGCAAACAAGGGUGAGCUAUCGUGCAGGCUUGGACAAAAUCAAGCUAUACCAAGCACCGUCAAUGAACCAGAUUAUCGUUUCUGCUUUCUUUUUACCCCUCUUUCCUGCGUCUUUUUCGUCUUGAUUUUCCUUUUCGUACCUCAAGUCUGUGUGAUGGUCCUGAAAGUUUGGUUCUGGUGA